UGGUGUUAAGAUUUAGAGAUUUUCUUUCAAAAUAGGGCGAUGAAAAAUGGUGUAAUUUAUGUAGGGCAAAUAAACAUAAAAGACAUAACCAGUUUAUGGAUAAUUGCUCCAUUCCAUAUAUUGUAAAAGAAACUUAAAAAAGAAAAAUGGGGGAAAGUGAUUUUUAUUGAGCUGCUCUCAGUGUUUGCUAUUUUAAUUUUUCCUUUGAAGUAUUAUAUUUCUUCUUGGUUGGAGUUGGGGGGAAGGGGGAGGAAGCCACAGUCCGUGUCCGGCAUCGAACUCCGAUCCUCAAAUGUCAAAAUCUAUGCGGAUUUUGAUACUUUUAGGAGGUAAACGACCUUGUGGAGCAAGGCAACUCCGGAGGGUAAAUACCCCAAGCUGAUUUUCAAUCAAUUUGAUUACCGAUUGACAUGGGUUUUUGGUCCAACCCACGAUUCUUCGUAACCUCGUAAUAAAGCCCCCCCACUCAACAAAUAAUGCUCACUUUUCGCUCUAUUUUCUCAACCUCCAAACACCACUCCCGUCAGGCUAGAUCUGUAUUCCAAAGGUUACAUCCAUCAAUUAGCGUUCUAUCCUGCAAAUAUUCCACAUCAUCAAAAUACAGUAAGGAAAGACCUGAAGUUCAUUCUAUUCUUUCCGUAGAUGGACAUACUUCUUCUUCAUGGACUACUUAUAUCAUUCCAGCUGCGGUGAUGGGUUUUGUUGGGUUAGCAGCCUUUGUACAUUAUAACGAUGAGAGAAGAGCUGUCUUGAAAGGACAGGGAAACACGUGUGUAAACAUAGUUAAAGGACCAGUUAUUGGGGGCCCUUUUUCUCUUAUUGAUACAGAGAAAAGAAAUGUAACAGAGAAAGAUCUUCGGGGGAACUGGACUCUCCUCUACUUUGGGUACACUUCGUCUCCUGAUGUUGUGCCAGAGCAACUCCAGAUUAUGUCCAAGGCUAUAGACAUAUUAGAAUCUAAACAUAGCCUCAAGGUUCUGCCUAUCUUUGUGACAAUUGAUCCACAACGGGAUAACCCGUCACAUCUUCGUGCUUAUCUUAAAGAGUUUGAUUCAAGAAUUAUAGGACUGACUGGGCCAGUGGCAGCAGUAAGGCAAAUGGCACAGGAAUACCGUGUUUACUUUAAGAAGGUUGAGGAGGAAGGCAAUGAUUAUCUUAUCGAUACUUCACACAAAAUGUAUUUGUUGAGUCCAAACCUGGAGGUUUUGAGAUGCUUUGGAAUGGAGUACAAUGCUGAAGAGGUUUCACAAGCCAUACUGAACGUACUUCAAAAAACUCCUCAAUAACGCCCUACAGGUCUUCAACUUCUCUCAAAUGCAUUCCUAUUUGUUUUAAGUUUCUUUCUAGUCAUCCAGUAAAGCACUUGAGACGUCGGCUUAACAUUAUUACCUGAGUUUGAACCCUUCAGAAGUGCAUUAGUAGUAUAAUACGGUAAACAGAAAAGGCAAUUUUUUUGUUCAACAAUUGUUUCAACUUUAUAACUUGGGUAUAGAAUCACUAUAAUCCGUUGAACUC